CGAUUUUCCGCACUCGAGAUCAGUUCUACUCGUGCACGGUAGGCGAUCGGUUGGGAAAACUCGGAAGUCAAAGACUGACUUGGUGGUGCUCGACCGAAGGGCACCUUCGGACUUUGGUGGUGAUAUAUUUUUUUACGGGGUGGUGCUAAUUUUUGCAACGGCGCGGUUUAGUUGAGUUUUAUGGACAGUUUAUGCGGGUUUAUAUGCACACGAGUUGCCAAUAAAGUGAAAUAUGAACUACCAAAGGGUGGCUGCCAUGGAGAACGGCUUGAAGAAGGAAAACUUUUGCAGUGAGAACAAAGAAGGCAAAAGCGUUAUCAAUGGACUGAGUGUAGGUGUUUAAGUGAAGUUGGUGGCGAAAAUUUGCUGUUGAAUCGUGGAUCAUUUCGUAACAGACAUUCAAACAGUUCAUACAUUACAGCGCAUUACCGGAAAUCAUGAGGGAUCUACUGCAAGCCAAUGGCAUCGCACUGUCGGUUUCUAUACCGAACGUUCCCAUACGGGAGAAAUGGGGCAAAGGGGUGGAGUUCAUGCUGUCGUGCAUCGCCUAUUCGGUAGGAUUCGGCAAUAUCUGGAAGUUCCCGUAUACGGCGUUGGAGAACGGAGGAGGUGCGUUUUUGAUUCCGUAUUUGAUUGUACUGUUCCUGAUCGGAAGGCCUAUCUACUAUCUGGAGAUGGUGAUGGGCCAGUUCUGUAGUCGGGGUUGUGUGAAGAUCUACGAUAUGGCACCGAUCAUGCGAGGCGUUGGCGUUGGUCAAUCCUUGGCGAUGUUCGUGGUGAUGACCUACUAUACUCCGGUGCUGGCAAUUACGCUGUACUAUUUGAUAUCAUCGUUCAACGCUGAGCUGCCGUGGAGUAGAUGUGACCCUUCUUGGAGUCGGUGCAUCGAUUCGGUUUCACGGGAGUUUAGUAACGUGAAUGCGUCACAGAAUAUGAACGUAUCUGCGGAGCUCUUCUUCACUAAAACCGUGAUGCACAGAGCUCCUCUAGCUCAAGGUCUUGGUAUUCCAGAUAUGGAUCUGACAUUGUGCCUACUCGCGUCUUGGCUGAUUGUAGCGAUCAUUCUAAUCAAAGGAAUUCGCAGUACCGGAAAGUGUGCUUACUUCCUGGCGAUCUUCCCGUACGUUAUCAUCUUGAUCCUGUUUGUUCACUCGUGCACCCUGGAAGGAGCCAGCAAGGGAAUUUUGUUCUUCCUUACGCCGGAUUGGAAGCAGCUGUUCGAACCUCGCGUUUGGAUGGAGGCCGUCACGCAGUGCUUCUUUUCGCUGUCGAUCUGCUUCGGUGGAAUCAUUGCGUAUUCUUCGUUCAACAACUUCUCCAACAAUGUCUACCGUGACGCCAUGAUCAUCUCCUGGUUGGAUACCUUCACCUCGAUCAUCGUGGGAUGCAUCGUGUUCGGAGUUCUUGGGAACCUGGCGCAUGUAACCAACAAGGACAACAUCCAGGACGUGGUCCGCCAAGGCCCCGGCCUAACCUUCAUGGCCUAUCCGGAUGCGAUCGCCAAGUUCGAAUACUUCCCGCAACUGUUUUCAGUGCUGUUUUUCCUGAUGCUGUUCAUCGUGGGCAUUGGAAGUAACCUAGGCGUAGUGACUAGUAUCAUUACGGCCAUCCGCGAUCGUUGCCCAACGCUGGAGAACUGGAAGGUGGCCAGCGUGGUCAGUAUAGUGGGAUUCAGUUUGAGCACGAUCUACAUGGCACCCGGUGGACUCGACCUGCUGGACGUGUUCGACAACUACGGAGCGAAGUACGUUACGCUUACGUUUGCCUUGUUUGAACUGAUAACGUUUGGCUGGAUCUACGGAGUGGACCGAAUAUGUCGAGAUAUUCAGUUCAUGCUGAACAUUGAUACAAACAAAUUUUGGAGAAUCUGUUGGGGCAUUCUUACUCCAUCAGUAGUGUUCGUCAUUCUGAUUGGAUGUCUAGUCGAUCACAAACCGGUCGACGUCCCGGAAGAAUACAACAUCGUUGGAUGGUGCGUCUACGCACUGGCAGUUAUCCAGCUUCCCCUGUGGGCAAUCUACGCCAUCUGUUCGCAGAAGAAAUCUGGAUUCGUUAACAAAUUCAAGAGUGCCUUCAAGCCAACCAAGUCCUGGGGACCUGAAAACUACCACACCAGGGAAGCGUACAAUUUGUAUUUGGAAAAACUGAAAGACUCGUCUGACGCUGAUGAUUGCUCAAAUGUACUGAAAUUUGUUUAUCGAAGAGUUUUUAAGUAGCGUUAGAUAAUUUCUGUAAGAUACUCCAAUGUACAUAAGCUUUUAAGGUUUUGAACUUAUUUAUUUGAAAUUGUAAAUAAACUUUGUGAUUCCCCGA